AUGGAGAACAGGUUAUCCAAACCAUGCUGGACAUGCCGGAAUCGCCACGUCCAGUGUGAUCAAACGCGAAUGCCCUGUGCAAAAUGCAUCAAGGCUGGUCUUGAAUGCAGUGAAAAGCGGCCUGUCCGCUGGGUCCAAGGAGUGGCCGUCCGCGGUAAGAUGCAGGGCCACAUGUACGUGUGUCCAGCAGACAAGCCAGUAGCUGCGUCGCCAAAAAAGACGGGCAAGAUUGUGUUCAAGACUCAUGCGACGCGGGCAUCGAUCCGUGGAAAUGCUGCGCCAAAAGGCAAUCGCUCCUUGUUGAAAUCGUCAAUUAGAAAGCGGCGAAACACAGACAACGAUGUGUUGACAGAUUCUACAGUCCUGGAUCCAGACCAAGGGUCCAAGUACUACCUAAACUAUUAUCUUGAACAUAUGUGCAAAGAUUUUGUCUUUUCGCAAACAGAUAGAAAUAUGCUUAAAGAUCUGGUCCCAUUCUCCCUGAAUGAUUCCGCGCUGCAAAAGAGUCUGGUCGCUCUUGCUGCCCGUCAUCUCGCCAAUAGAGGGCAGUCUUUCCAUCAAGUUGACCCAAUUGCAUCCCAAGAUAGCACUCAAGCCAAUCGAAAAGCCCUCGUAUUCAAACAGCAAGCAAUGCAGGCAUUGAUAAAGACUCUAAGCGACCCAAUAGAGCUCAACAACGACAGAACUAGAGCCAGUAUCUUCCUCUUUAUUCUACUAGACCUCAUGGAGUCUGGGAGCUCUGGGUGGGAUUUCCACCUUGAAGGUGCGAAAAGGUUACUCUAUCUCAACCAACCCACGAGUAAAGUGGCAGAUCAAGCUCCAGCGGAACAAAAUCUGCCGGGAGUAGCCAAGGACCUUCAAGGCUUCUUGAUGCGGCAACUCUAUUUAGUCGAGAGCCUGGGAUCAUUGUUUGCCCGUCCUGGCCGUGCUACAUCUCUGCCGCAAGCUAUCACCUUUGACGAACAUUCAAUCACACAUGGGUCUAUCGAUGACUCAUUCCUGGGGUGCCCGGCGUUCUUGUUGAGAGCCAUUCGAUUUAUCUCCACGGAGAGAGAUCUGCUUAAAUCAAAGCUGCAAUAUAUGGAACUUGGCGCACAUGAGGCUCACAGGCGAUCCCUGGAAGAAAUGCUUUCCCUUAUUGAAGCAUUUGAUUGCGAUAGGUCACCCUUCGACAUCCCAAAAGAUUUAUCGUCAUCUUUCCACAAUCAAGACGAAGCACACCGUCGGGGUGUCUUGUCCAAAGCAUAUAGAAUUGGUAUCUUGAUCUACGGAAAGCGAGUGCUUGAAGCACUCACUGAAGGGCGCACCUUCAACCUUGAUGAGCUCGUAUUAGAAUUACUGAACUUGCUCGAUACCCUGCGAGAUGACCAAAACCUUCUCAAAUGUGUUCUCUGGCCCCUAUUUGUCGCAGGUCUAGAAUGCAAGUCCCCACAACAAAGAAAACAUUUCGUCACGCACUUGGAGAAGUUUUGGAUGGCUACUAAAUGCUUGAACGUGAUACACGCGGCUAAAAUCUUGGAGGAUUACUGGAAAGAAGGGGCCGGUAAUUCAGUAUCAUGGCCUUUCGAUAGCGGCCGUUUUGGCCGUGUUUGGCUUUUCAUGUAA